UUUCACGUAGAGGCAGAUUUAAAAUUUAAACACAUCACACACACACAUACACUCUGGAAUAUUGUAUUAGACGUAGGCUACGCUGUAAUGAAUAUAAAAGCAUUUUAUUUUCCCUGAGUGAUUUAACUAGGUAAAGCUAAUUGAUAACGAUGAAGUUAAUCCUCCACUAGCAACCGAGAACAAACAGUUAACUUUUACUUCUGUGCUAACACCCCUUGUGUAUACAUUUUAGCCUUUCAAAAGGUUUAUUAUUUUGUUUGCUGCCUAACAAACCGACUAUGAAAGCAAUAAAAGAGGAGAGUACUGAAAUAAAGGAGAUGAAGGACGAUAAGGACCUCAUCUGUAGUCUUUGUAAGCGCAACGACAACUGUCCAGAAAAGUAUGGGGAGAAGAUCACCCUCGAACAGCACAACCUGACUGUCCACUACUUCUGUUUGCUGGUCUCUAGUGGGGUAUUUCAGAGAGGGGAGGAGCAUGAAGGCAUUCAUGGGUUUCUGGUGAAUGACGUCAAAAAGGAGAUUCGCAGAUCUUCUAAGCUGAAGUGCACGCACUGUAAAAAGCAUGGCGCUUCAGUGGGGUGUUUCAUCAGAACCUGCAGGCAGAUGGUCCACAUGCCUUGUGGAAUAGAGCAGGAGUUUAUAUUCCAGUUCACAGACUCAUUUCCGUCAUACUGUAAAAAGCAUGCGCCUAUUCAGACCUGCGUCUCCACCGAGUCUUCCACUUCCUGCUCUGUGUGUCUUGAGCCUAUUGAACCUGUACUCUCCUACAAUGUGCUUAAGUGUCCUGCAUGUCAUGGAAGCUGGUUUCAUAGGGCUUGUGUACAGCAAUAUGCACACAGUGCUGCUAUGUUCUUCUGCAAAUGCACGCUCUGCAAUAACAAAGACCAGUUCCAGCAAGAAAUGAUUAGGAUGGGAAUAUACAUACCAGAGAGAGAUGCAUCUUGGGAACUAGAAGAAAAUGCCUUUGGAGAAUUGCUGCAAGUGUACCAGCACUGUGAUGCCAGCAAGUGUCAAUCUCAAAAGGGUCGUAAACACGGCACACUCUCAGGCGCUUGGGAAAUAAUUCGUUGUAUGCUCUGUGGAUCCAGGGGAACUCAUCGGAGGUGCUCAUGCCUCAAGCUUUACGAAACUGAUUGGACAUGUGCGGAAUGCAAAGCCGCUGUUGAGGAGAAAAAUUCGGUGACCUUACCCAACUAUGCAAAAUCUCCACUGGCUGAAAGGCAAGAGAGGAAAAGGUUAUUUAAAGGAUGCAUCUCUAACCUUCAUUCCUCCCUCAUCUCUAAAAGGCAGUGUCUGCCAGCCACUUCUGCAGAGAUCCUAAUAGGUCUGGCUUGUCAGAUAUCACAGCAGCAGUGCACAGAGGUGUUAGUGGGAGAUGGUAAUGAUGAUGAGGUGGUGAAAGCAGCUCUUGCGGUUUGCCGGCAAAGUGACUUUAAUCCCUGCUACACACUUUCUGUUAAGUUCUCCAAAGAUAAACUAAACAACAAACUCCGAAAUCAACGUUGGUUCCUCAGACGUCUUGUUCACAACUUGCAGACGUCUGAAAUCUUCGGGGGACCUGAUGGAGCUAAAAACCUGGUUCUGAACUCACAAGCUCUGAGGGACGAUCUUUACUUUGAGGUCGGCAGCCUGUUGGCCAUCUCUUUGGUUCAUGGUGGUCCCCUAGUGAGCUUCUUCUCUCCAGCGCUGUACCACAGUCUGUUCAGCUACCCUAAAGACUACAGACCAACACUACAAGACCUUGGUGACACUGUUUUGGCACACAAAAUCAGAAGAAUUGCAGACGCAAACUCCAUAAGUCAGAUGAGAAGUGCAAUGCUGUCAGCCAGAGAGUACUUGGAAGCAGCAGGCUGUUGGCGAAAAGUCAGUAAGCUCUCGGAGAAAGACAUGUUGGUGGAGGAUGUUCUCAGUUUUUACUUGAUCAUCAGACUACAGUUGCCCCUGCAGAGGUUUCGGGAGGGUCUAAGGACGCUUGGAGUUUUUGAGCAGGUUCAGAUGUGCGCUGAAAGUUUCUAUUCGGUUUUCUGUGGCCCCGUGGAGAGGAUGACAGCUAAAUCCAUCCUGGAGCUCUUUACCACACGGUUUUCAGAGGAGGAAGAUCUGAAAGCAAAAGAAAUCACGACCAUUAACUUUUGGGAACAAUAUCUACAUGAGUGUGAGGAGGGCCAGUGUGCAACAUCAAUCGAGGACAUUCUUACAUUUGCUACUGCUACGGAUGCGGUUCCAGCCAUCGGAUUCAAUACCACACCCACCCUUUCUUUCCUAGACUCUCCAGACCCUACCUGUGGCUUUCCACAGAGCCACUCUGUCAAUCAUCUCGUUCUUCCUAUACUACCCUCUUAUGAGGUCUUCAAGAAACACUUGGACUAUGCAGUGUGUCAGUUUUCUGUUAUGCAGUACAUUUGAAGAAUCUUUUCUGUAUAUUAGACCAUGUUUUACCCAGUUAUCUGCGAAGGUGCUAAAUGUUUAUUUAUUGGAGUUACUGAGUAUUAUUUAAAAUAUUUUUUUAUUUCUAGCUCACAUUAGCAUUACUUUAUUAUGUUAUCUCAACCGUAUGUUAGUGCCCUGCGAUGGGUUGGCACUCCAUCCAGGGUGUAUCCUGCCUUGAUGCCCAAUGACUCCUGAGAUAGGCACAGGCUCCCCGUGACCCGAGGUAGUUCGGAUAAGCGGUAGAAAAUGGAAUGGAACCGUAUGUUACCCUUGAACCCCUUUUUUUACAUUUAUCAGAAAUUUGAUAUCCCCAGCUAUCAUUGUAUUUUAUCAUUGCAAUUAUAAAUAGAGAAUGACAGGGUCUAGGUGGUUAAAGUAUUCUACAAUUCUGUAAAUGCCUUUUACCUUACAAGAAACAUAAAGAGCAAUCACAAGUCAGCCAGUCAUCACAAUAAACCAUGUCGUUUUUCUUC